AUGAGCGGUAAAGCUCCGAAGCGUGGCCGGCCCAGUUAUGGGAUACAAACAAUGCGAAUAAGGUUACGGACGGACACAUUUAACGGUUGGCUUGUGAAGAAAGAUCUUUUCGGGUUCUCUGAAAAGACCCACAGCGAGUUUGCGGAGUAUUUACUUAAUUGUCAAGAGCCCAAAGCAGCCCUCAACUACCAUCAACGCCAACAGGUAUAAAAAUAGCUAGCUGCGAUAAAUAAAUAGGUAUAACUGUAUAAAUAACUGUUUCUUUGCCCAAAGGUUCGUCCAGCUCCUAAUUCGCCGCAUUUCUUAUUUUUAGUUUCCAAAGUCAAAGAUUCCCAUUCAACUCCAAUACGUAACACCAAUGUCGAUUUAGGACAUAGCUUACAGCAUCUUGCCUCGCCAAUAUGUCCAGACAAGAGCUUUCAUGAAACGUAUGCAAACAUUUCAUUCAAAUGCAAUUAACAUUUCCAAAUGAACAAUUCCAAAUACAAUCUGUUGUAGUUUUUCAACAUAUAUAAUUUUUAAAUUUUUAUGGAUUUUGUUUUAGAAUUAUUGAUAUUACUGGGAUAUCAUCAAUUGACAAUCCAUUGGAUAGUAGAAUGUAUAUUAACGAGUCUUCAUAUGAUGCCAGUGGACUGGCCCAAAAUACAAGUAGGAUGGAAGCUGUAUGUCAAAGCAUAAACUCUGAAUUUGGAAUGCAUCAUGGCAGUCUUUCAUCAAGCUCUGAAUCUGAGAUGGAAUCUGAUGUUGAAUAUACUAGGUACACAUACUGUAAAUGAAUAAUUCAUAAAUUGUAUUAUUUUAUUUUCCCUGGUUGCCAGAGGUUCUUCUAUCCACCCUGUUAUUCUCAAGGGAUGAAUUUUGAAAUCUUGAGUUGAUUACAGGUGGCCAAAUGAACAUCUACCAAAUUGAGUAUCAACCAAAUUUGUCGAAAACCCUCCCAUUUUGGACAGAUUAAACCUGUAUAAUAUUAUACUGUAUUUUUGUAUUUCUUUACCAUGUAGUUCCAGUCCAGUAAUAAGUGAUAGUAGUGAAAGUGAAUGGGAAACUACAUUUACUUCUGGUUCUUUGACUGACAUGUAAGCACUUUGUAAAUUUAUUGUAGUUCUCAAGUUUUAAGGGUUCAGAGUCUUUAUACAUGACUGUAUGCAUGUGAAUCCAAUUAUUGAGAUUUUUAAUUUAUGAUUUUUUUAAAGGUCUGUGGAUGAUUAUGAAGCAGAUACUACACUGAGUGCAUCUGAAUUGGAAGAUAUUGCCAUGGAUGCUGAUGAUGAACUACCAUUAGAUGAUUUAUUACCACCAUAUGAAGAUUUGCCAUUGUGUGAGGAUUUACCACCAUGUGAGGAUUUACCAUCACAUGAGGAUUUACCACCAUGUGAAGAUUUACCACCAUGUGAGGAUUUACCACCAUUUGAGGAUUUACCACCAUGUGAGGAUUUACCACCAUGUGAUGUAAAAUAUGGUCCAAAGACACUGGAUGAAUAUAUUGAUGGUAUGACCAAAAGGAUUAAAGAAAAGUUUUUUUCAAUUAACAGAGUUGGCAAGGAAAGUCAUUUAUAUGGUGAACAUGUCAAACAAGAUCGAGUAAUUGUUGAUGUAAAUACAUUGUUACCAUUGUUUGAAAAUGGUUGUCAACAUCAAUCAUGUUCCGGUAAUAGCAAAGUAACAACUUCAAAGGUUGAGGCUGGAGUUAUAUGUGUUUACUGGAAAUGCACUAAUGGCCACCAAGGGCGUUGGGCAUCCUCUAGGUUGUUGUGCGAAAAGGAGGGACAAAACAUUUACACCAAUUCCAUUUUAUUGGCUGCAGCAGUUAUCUUCACUGGUAAUAACUAUGACAAAAUUCAAAUGUUUUGCCAGUUCAUGAAUUUGGGCUUUAUCUCAAGAGCAACCUUCAGUCGCUUGCAAAGGAACUAUGCUAUUCCUGCAAUCACUUCACUUUUGUGGUGAUGGCCGAAAUGACUCUCCUGGCCACUGUGCUAAAUAUUGUACCUAUGUAUUGAUGGAACAAUUUUUGAAUAUUAUUGUUGACAUUGGAAAUGUAGACAAAAGAGAAACUGGGGGUAUUUCAACCAAUAUGGAAGUGUUUUGCCUCAAGAAUCUUUUGGAAAGGAUUGUAGGAAAACUUAGUAUUUCAGAGAUUGUCACAGAUGCUUCCACAGCUGUAAUUGCAUUGGUUCGUCGAAUGAAAGGUAAGAUAUAUUGAGGAAAAUUUAAAUGAUGAAUUUUUGUUGUAUUUGCUACCCAAUGGACAAAGGUUAUUAGGGUUGGUUGGUUAAGGUUAAGUGCCUAUAAAGGUAUUUUGUAAAAGUUGUACUGAUGAAUCAAGAUCAGAGUCCCAAGAUAAACCCUUCAAGCACAGAACUAGCUAAUACAGUAUUUAUAAAUUUUCACAAGUCGGACAUUUUAAAAUAAUUGCCACAUGUAUUAUGCUGCACAUAUUUUUGCUACAAUUAAAUAGGCGAUGUGUUUAUUGUUUUACAUUUCAUAGAAAAGUAUCCAGAGCAUUUUCAAGAUUUGUUCAUUGCCUUAGACAUAUGGCAUAAAUCUGUGAAAUUGACAAAAAAAUUGUCAAAGGUAAAGUUACUAAUAAUGUCUUAACACAUUUAAUGGCAAUGCGCCCAGUUGUGCAUACUCUAUAUUUAAAUCUUUCUUAUGCCAUACAAUUAUGUCUGAUAAUUAUACCACACAGUUAUGUGCCAGUUAAUGGGUUAAACUACAGUAUUAUCACUAUGUCCCCUUAGUAUAAAGUAGGCCCACCACAUUUACUAAUGCUCACCUCAUCCCAAAUGUAAGCCCUCCCCCCCCCCCAUGAAUACAAGCCUGCCCAAAUAUAUGCGCCCACUAUGUUUACUGACCAGUGCAUUCGUAUAAGUCACUAUUUUCCUGUUAAUGACUGACAAUAAAGAUUUGUUUACGGUAUUACUUAAAUUAACCCAUUGAGCCACAAUGUGCCCCAGUGUACCCUAUUUAUUUUUUUGUUCCUACUUGUCUAAUGCCAGACGAUUUUACUUGUCAAUGGAGGCAGCUUAAUGGCUUAACCAAAAAAUCUGACAAUGUCUCUAGUUAACCCAUUGAGCCCAGUGCACCAAUUUUUACUUGUCUCAUGCCAGACGAUUUUACUUGUCAAUGGGAAGCUCUGCAGUUUAAUAGGUUAAACACAAAUAUUGUCUGCGUAUAAUCCCUACCCCAUAUUAAUAAGCCCUCUCCCCCAACCUUGUAUUAUCCCAAGGCAUAUACUGCAGAUUCAGGUAGACCGUUUAAUGCGAAUAGUUGUCGCGUUAGUUUUAACAGUUGUACGAUGACGUUUCUAGGCAGAUUUUCGACGUUUCUUAGGGCGUGGCUUCAACGUUUAUUUUUAAAAUUUGAACGUUGUAAUUACAAGGUAAUUGCUAAAUAGUAUACUUCAAAAUAAGGUUUCCGUUUUUAUAACGUAGAAAAAAUCAUCAUAACGCAAAACUAAACCCUAACCUAACCCUAACUUAUUUAAAAAAUUGAUAUAAAAACGGAAACCUAGGCUGCAAAGGUGAAACAUUGUGAAGUUAUUAGAGAAUGGAUAGAGCCAAUUCGCAACCACUUUUGGCAUGCUGCUGAAAGUUGCAAUGGUGAUGUCAAUACAUUAAAGGUACUGUAAGUUGUACUGUACUUCUCAAUAUUUUUCCCAUUAACUAGCAGUGAUCGAGUACCAUACAAAAUAACAACUGAAGAGCAGAACUGUUUAAUGCAAUUGUAUACAAGUUAAAUGCUUGAUAUGGAUACAGUGAAAAAUUCGGAAUAGGGUAAAAUACAAUGUUCGUUGACAGCUAUCUUACAGGCUAAAACUUGCUGUACACACCGGGUAUACAGUAAUUAACAAUGCAAUUAUUUUUUUGCAGUUGUAAUACUAUAUUUAUGCAAUAGAUAUUAUAUAAUUACAUAAUCAUAUUCUUAGGAUACUUGGUUUGGUGUUAUACAUCAUGUGACAGGUGAACAUGAGUGGGCAGAUGGUGCAUGUGACCAUGGACCAUUGGUAACAUCAGAAGGUGGAAAGACAAUUAUAGGAAAAAGUACAAAGGCUUUGGAAGCAAUACGGAAAGUAGUGAUUGACCCUCGAUUUCUAAGCACGCUGCACCACUACGUGACAUUCAGGUAUAUACAGUACACACAUGUAUUUUCUGAUAUUUAAACAAUAUACAGUACGAGGUGAAUGUUUAUGAAUAAAUACUGUAUUGCAUGUAUGUUAAACUUUGAAUGUGCAACUGUUUUACAGACACACAAGCAGGAUAGAAAACUUUAACUCGUUAGUCUUGAAAUAUGCACCAAAACGGGUUGGAUUUCAGUGAGUAUAUGAUUUGCCUUAUGUGUUGACUUUGUAUAUCAUCUACAGUAAUUUCACCUGGUAGCUGGUGGUACAUACACUUUUUCCACAUACAAGUAAAAACUUAGCGAGCAGGCUAGUAAAAACUCUUAUUAAUUAAGCCGUGUUUACACUGCAGCGAUUGUUUGAGCUGUACCUGGCAAAAACGUAACCUGUUUACACCACUGGUUUACACUAGCUUGGGCCAGCUAAUUCGGCUCAAUUCAAUUUUACUUGAUGUUUUAUUUAUCAGAAUCUGAACAGUUUCUAUCGUGGGCUUGAGGUGUUAUGGCAACAUUGCUUGCCUGGGCCACGUCGAAGCAAAAAAAAAACGUUCACACUAGAGAAAUCGAGGUCCAGGCCAGGUCUUUUUGGCUGGCCCAUAAUUUGUGGUCCAGGCCAGGUAAAACCCGUUCACACUAUUAGGGCCAGGUCUAGGCCAAAAAAUUGCUGCAAUGUAAAUGCGGCUUUAGACAGAAAAAAAAUACUAAAAUAGGUAUAUUCGGACAAAUGCCUAUUUAACCCAUUGAGCUGAAAUGUGCCCCACUUAUUUUUUUCACUUGUCUAACGCCAUACAAUUUUACUUGUCAAUGGGGAAUCUCUGCUUAAUGGGUUAAUUUCAUUUUAGCUUUAUGCAUUUCAGCAUCACUUUUUCCGGAUCAAUUUUAUAGAAAUGAGGCGUAUUCAGCUCGAGUAUUGUUAGCAGCAAUUGAUCACAAUUCACACAUAGGCAGGAAACCAAAACUUGGUAAAAGUGGAAAGUUGCAAUACAACAAGGUGUACAGUAAAAGAUCCAAGAAUUGGAGUAUUUCUGUUAUUAAAGAGGAGAAAACGUACGAUUAUUGUCCAGUUCUAGCCUACAAAGUCCUCAAAAGUCGAAUUGACGACAACCACACUAUUCUUCGCAGGGUUGUGAUUCCAGCAGAACACCCGAAAAGGAUUGCACCAUCUAUUGCCAUGGCAUCAAUACCAAAGACCAGUGAUCUUAUCAGCAAGGCCCUCACAAGAUUUAGCAGAGAAGAGAAAAAUGCAGAGGCAGGAACAAGCAGCAGCCAAGUUGACAUUUCAGUUGAGCAUCCAUGA